CGUGCUUCCGGUGGACAUGGCGGCGGCCGUGGCUGCAGUCAUGCGAGGGGGUCUCCUGCCCCGGGCGGGCCGGCUGCCCACCUUGCAGACUGUACGCCACGGCUCCAAGGCUGUCACCCGCCACCGUCGUGUGAUGAACUUUGAACGGCAGAAGCUGAUGGCUGUGACUGAGUAUAUCGCCCCUAAACCUACUGUGCACCCGAGAUGCCUGCCGCCCCCUCCCAGCCCCCCCAAGGAGGAGACAGGCCUCGUCCGGCUCCUGAAGCGAGAGGUAGCAGCAGUGUUCAGGGACAACCGGAUGAUUGCCGUCUGCCAGAACGUGCCUCUGAGCGCUGAGGACAAGCUGCUCCUACGGCACCAGCUGCGCAAGCACAAGAUCCUGGUGAAGGUCUUCCCCAACCAGGUCCUGAAGCCUUUCCUGGAGCAGUCCAAGUACCAAAACCUGCUGCCCCUUUUUGUGGGGCAUAACAUGCUGCUGGUCAGCGAGGAGCCCAAGGUCAAGGAGAUGGUGCGCAUCCUGAGGACGGUGCCUUUCCUGCCGCUGCUCGGUGGCUGCGUCGAUGAUACCAUUGUCAGCCGGCAGGGCUUCAUCCACUACUCCAAGCUGCCCAGCCUGGCCCUGCUGCAGGCAGAGCUGGUCGGAGGGCUUGCCCUCCUUGGGGCCCGUACCCACCACCUGCUACAACACCAGCCCGCCCGGCUGACCUCCCUGCUGGAUCAUUACAUCAGACAGCAACGUGACAGAGACUCUGCCGUGUCCGCCAGUGGGAAGCCAGACCCUCCUGACCCUGUUCCAGACUCCUAGGCAGCUUGUUAAGCCCUGCUCUCCCCAUGCCUGGACUCUGCCCCACCUGGCUAUGCAGAGGCCUGGAAGAACUUGGGGUGAGGAGUGAUAGUAGCGUCCGCUGGUGCCAGACCAGGCAUGAUGCAGAGCACUUGGGGGAGGCUGGCAGCUGUGCCACUGUCUUCCUCUUCCCUACUUGCUACCCGACGGGAGCUGAAGCACUUUCAGCUCUCCAGCGGAGCUGCAAAGACUAGGACAGCAGCCCUCGAUCAUGGUCCCUUGCUGCGUGUGUCUCCCCAGUCCCCUUGUGCGUGCAACCUGCCAUGGCUCAGUUAAGUCACGGUUCCAGGAGUGGCACCCUUACAGAGCUUGCCGAGUACCAGGCUCUGGGCUGUGUCUGUGUGUCAGUUCUUCCAUCCUGCACCAUACUGGGCCCCUUCCACAGAGAAGAAAUUGGGGGGGCAGGGAAGAGUCUACACAAGGUCACACAGCUAGUGAAUGGCAGCACAGGUGGCUACCGGACCCAGCUGGUUGGAAGACCUUACCCUGAAUUUUGUCGCUGGGACUUUGUUCUCACCUUGUGACUUUAUGAGCAAAUAAAACACAUUUUUCCUUA